AUGAGCACUCCAUAUCUAACACCCAUAACCCCCUCCAAAACCCGCAUAGGCUGGAUAGGCAUAGGCGUCAUGGGCUCAGCCAUGGCCUCCCGCCUCCUGUCCGCCGGUUAUACUGUCACCAUCUAUGCCCGCACACCUUCCAAAUCUCUCUCUCUCCAAUCCCAAGGCGCUCAAACUGGCCUCCUCUCUGGCCUAAACCCCGGUGGUGUGAUUGUGGACUCCACUAGUAAUGAUCCGGCACUCGCUAAAAGAAUUUUUGAGACUGCCCGCAGCAAGAAUUUCUGGGCUGUCGAUGCUCCCGUGUCUGGAUUAGUUUUUGCAGAGAAGACGGAGUUGGAUGUGAGGAAGUGGAUGGAGGCAGUGAGGGGCGGGGCGGCAGGGUCAAUGGUGAUGGAGUUGUUUGGGGAAAGGAUAAUUGGGAGGGGCUUUAGGCCUGGCGGGUUUACCCAGUACAUAGUGAAGGAUUUGGGGAUGGGUUUGGAUGUUGGGGAGAAGGAGGAUGAUGGUAUAGUCGUGUUGCCUGGUGCUGCAUUGACUAAGCAGUUGUUUUCAGGAAUGGUGGCUAAUGGAGAUGGAAAGGUUGGCAUUCAUGGCCUUAUUACUGUCAUCGAGAGGAUCAAUGGCAAGUGA